UUAUUGGUGCCUGACGCAUAAAGACUGAUUUAUAGACUCCUCCUUAUUAAGCGCUGUUUGGGACGCACGGGAGCGAUGCGCUCAGUGUCUCGCAUCGCUUUGGAGAAACCGGGACUACUGCGCAACAUGUAUCCAGCGCGGCGCGGGCGAACGCGUGCUGCGGACUCACAGACGCGUCGGAGCAUCAUGUCAAGGCGCGCGUUAACUCUGAAGUGGAGCGCCGGAUGGAUUCUGAUGUUUUCAUUCAUCACUAAUACUUGGGCGCAAGAUGAUGUCCCACCCUACUUCAAGAUGGAGCCGGUGGCAACCCAAAUCCACCUAGAAGGGAAUCGGUUGGUUCUCACCUGCAUGGCUGAGGGCAGCUGGCCUCUGGAGUUUAAAUGGCUUUACAACGGUACAGAGUUGACGCGUUUCUCCCUGGAGUACAGGUACGUGAUUCCAUCACUGGAUCGCUCCAAUGCAGGCUUCUACAGAUGCAUCGUCAGGAACAGGGUGGGAGCUCUGAUGCAGAGGAGUUCACAAGUCCAAGUUGCUUACAUGGAAGGCUUUGUGGAGGGCGAACGGUCUCAAGUGGUGUCCCAGGGGGAGGCGGCGUUGAUCUUCCCCCCACAAAUCCACAGCUUUCCGCGGCCCGGGAUCACAUGGUUUAGAGACGGGCGCAAGAUCCCCCCCAGCAGCCGCAUAGCCCUCACUUUGGACAACACCCUUGUCAUCCUGUCCGCCGUGGCCCCUGAUGCGGGCCGGUACUACGCCCAGGCCGUCAACGACAAGAAUGGAGAGAACAAGACCAGCCAGCCCAUCAUCCUGAAUGUAGAAAACGUUGGCGGCCCAGCAGACCCCAUCGCUCCUUCUAUUAUAAUCCCACCGAGGAACACCAGUGUGAUGGUUGGCACGUUUGAAGUCACACUAGAGUGUGUGGCCAAUGCAAGGCCUCUCAUUAAGCUCAGCAUUACAUGGCGGAAAAAUGGAGUGCUGGUAAACCGAGGCCUCCGGGACUUUGGCCGCCGUCUGACCAUCAGCGGUCCCGUAGUCAGUGACAGCGGCUACUACGAAUGUGAAGCCUCCCUCCGGAGCAGUAGCGCCCCCUCUGUCAGCGCUGGAGCACAUCUGCACGUCCUGGAACAUCCCCAGUUUGUGAAGGAGCCCGACAGACACAUUACUGCUGAGAUGGAGAAGGUGGUAGACAUCCCAUGCCAAGCUCGCGGUGUUCCUCAGCCAGAUAUAGUGUGGUAUAAGGAUGCUGUACCCAUAAGCCCCAUGAAGACACCUCGCUAUAGAGUCCUGGUGGGCGGCAGUCUGCAGAUUAAUGGACUGCUCCCGGACGACACCGGAAUGUUCCAGUGCUUCGCUCGCAGCUUAGCAGGAGAGAUCCAGACCAACACGUACCUUGCUGUCACCAGUAUCGCCCCAAACAUCACGGCCGGCCCUUCUGACAGCGCUGUGAUUGAUGGCAUGUCCAUCAUUUUACACUGUGAGACCUCAGGGGCCCCACGGCCCGCAAUCACAUGGCAGAAAGCUGAUCGGGUUCUGGCAAGCGGCUCUGUGCAGUUGCCGCGUUUCACCUUGCUGGAGUCUGGCAGUCUUCUGAUCAGCCCCUCUCACCUGUCUGACGUUGGAUCCUACACCUGCAUGGCCAGUAACUCCCGCGGCAUUGAUGAAGCCUCAGCCGAUCUGGUGGUGUGGGCUCGAACGCGGAUCGCUAAUCCACCUCAGGACCAGAGCGUGAUCAAGGGCACGAAAGCAGCCAUGACCUGCGGGGUGACCCAUGACCCCAGCGUUACAGUCAGGCACAUCUGGGAGAAAGGAGGAGCGGUUAUUGACAUGAAAUCGAGUCCUCGCUUGCGUCUCGACUCCAACGGCACCCUGCAUAUAUCUCAGACCUGGUCAGGAGACAUUGGGACCUACACUUGUAAAGUCACAUCUGUUGGAGGCAAUGAUUCUCGCAGCGCUCACUUGAGAGUCAGGCAGUUGCCUCAUGCUCCAGAAAACCUCAUUGCCACCCUCAGCAGCUCAGAGAGACGAACCAUCAACCUGACCUGGGCCCAGGCCUUUGACGGGAACAGCCCGCUCAUCCGUUACAUCCUGGAGGUUUCAGAGAACAACGCACCUUGGACUGUGCUCUUGGCCAACAUCGAUCCAGAAGCCUCCAGUGUGAUUGUGGGGGGCCUCAUCCCGGCACGUUCUUACCAGUUCCGCCUGUGUGCCGUCAACGAUGUGGGGAAGGGCCAGUUCAGUAGGGAGACGGUGCGAGUAUCAUUACCCGAGGAGCCCCCCAGCGCCCCUCCUCAGACAGUGAUAGCCAGUGGCCGGACAAACCAGUCCAUCAUGAUCCAGUGGCAACCUCCCCCCGAGAGCCACCAAAAUGGUCCGCUUCAAGGCUAUAUCAUCAGGUACUGUCUGUCUGGUUUACCGGUGGACUGUCAGAUGAAAAACAUCACCAACCCAGACCAAACGAAUCUCCUUCUGGAGGACCUCAUCAUUUGGACCAACUAUGAGAUUGAGGUGGCUGCUUAUAAUGGGGCGGGCCAGGGCGUCUACAGCCCCAAAGUCACAGAAUGGACCCUGCAAGGCGUGCCCACGGUCCCACCAGGGAACGUCCAGGCUGAGGCUGUCAACUCCACCACAGUCCGUUUCACAUGGAGUGCUCCAAGCCCACAGUUCAUCAACGGAAUCAACCAGGGAUACAAGCUGUUGGCAUGGGAACCAGGCCACGAGGAAGAUGUUACCUUGGUUACUGUAAGACCCAAUUUUCAGGACAGCGUUCAUGUAGGUUACAUCGCCGGACUGAAGAAGUUCACGGAGUACUUCACCUGCGUGUUGUGCUUCACUACACCUGGAGAUGGCCCUCGUAGCACUUCGCUGUGCGUACGCACCCACGAAGACACUCCUGGACCUGUAGGUCACCUGAGCUUCACAGAAAUCCUGGACACGUCUCUCAAAGUCAGCUGGAAAGACCCGCCGGAGAAGAACGGCAUCCUCACCGGGUAUCGCAUUUCCUGGGAGGAAUUCAACAGAACAAACACUCGCGUCACGCAUUACCUGCCCAACAUGACACAAGAGUACCGGGUCACCGGACUGACCGCGCUCACUACCUACACCAUUCAGGUGGCCGGUAUGACCUCCAAAGGUCAAGGUCAGCUGUCGUCCUCCACCAUUUCCUCUGGUGUGCCCCCAGAGAUGCCUGGACCUCCUACCAACAUUGCCAUCUCUAACAUCAGCCCACGUUCAGUAACCCUGCAGUUCAAACCAGGCUAUGACGGCAAAACAUCCAUCUCACUCUGGCUGGUAGAGGCUCAGAUUGGUGUUAUCGGAGAAAACGAGGAGUGGGUCAUUGUCCAUCAGUUGGCCAAUGAGCCUGAUGCACGAUCUCUUGAGGUCCAGGGCCUGAACCCCUACACGUACUACAGAUUUCGAAUGAGGCAGGUGAAUAUAGUAGGAACAAGCCCACCCAGCCAGCCAUCUAGGAAGAUCCAGACCCUACAGGCUCCUCCUGACAUCGCCCCCGCAAACAUCACUCUCCGCACGGCCAGUGAGACCAGCCUGUGGCUCAGAUGGGUGCCGUUGCCAGAGUGGGAAUACAAUGGAAAUCCAGAGCUGGUGGGCUACAGGGUGCAGUACUCUCGUCCAGGCUCUAAGGCUGGGGUCCUGUCCCACAUCAUUCCUGACAGGCAGGAGAGGGAGUUUACCAUUGAGGACCUGGAAGAGUGGGCGGAAUAUGAAGUCAAAGUGCAGGCGUUCAAUGGCAUCGGGCCAGGACCAUGGAGCCAACCAGUUCACGGGAGAACCAGAGAGUCAGUCCCCUCAAGUGGCCCUGCAAAUGUUUCAGCUUUUGCUACCACCUCCAGCAGUGUCCUGGUCCGCUGGGGUGAAGUUCCAGAGACUGACCGCAAUGGACUAAUUCUGGGCUAUAAGGUGAUAUACAAGGACAAGGAUGCAGAGUCAGCCCUGCGUUUCUGGACAGUAGAGGGAAAUACCACUCAUAGUGUCCAGCUCACUGGUCUUGGGAAGUAUGUGCUUUAUGAGAUCCAGGUUCUAGCCUUCACCCGUAUAGGAGAUGGCAUGCCUAGUUCUCCGCCAAUCUUUGAGCGCACGCUUGAUGAUGUACCUGGGCCUCCAGUCGGGAUCCUUUUUCCUGAAGUCAGGACUUCCUCAGUGAGACUGAUCUGGCAGCCCCCUGCUCAGCCAAAUGGCAUUAUCCUUGCAUAUCAGAUUGCUUUCCGGAAAAACUCUUCUAGUAUUACCUCUGCCAACGUUGAUGUUCUCAACCCAAGUGCACGACAGUAUACAGCGACUGGACUGAAACCAGAGAGUGUUUAUGUAUUCCGCCUCACGGCCCAGACUCGAAAGGGAUGGGGAGAAGCAGCAGAGGCACUUGUGGUCACUACAGAGAAGAGAGCACACCCUCAACCCACAAGUCGUCCAGUUGUGCCUCAAGAAGAGGUCCAGGCCCGCAGUGUACUGUUGUCAUGGGAACCAGGCAGCGAUGGUCUGUCUCCCAUCCGAUACUACACCAUCCAGUACAGAGAGCUGCCUGACAGCAAUUGGACCGUCCACUCGGCAUCGGUCAACCAUGAGGCCACUUCAUACGUAAUAGACAAGCUCAAGCCUUUCACUUCCUACCUGUUCAGAGUGAAAGCCACUAAUGAUAUUGGGGACAGCGAGUACAGCGAGGAGAGCGAGGCAAUUACCACUCUACAGGACGCACCCGACAAAGCUCCCACAAUCCUCUCUGUGACACCACAUACCACCACAUCUGUGCUAGUCCGCUGGAAGCCACCCCCUGAGGAGGAGAUCAAUGGUAUUUUGCUUGGUUUUCGAGUACGCUACAGAGAACUGCGUUAUGACCGCCUACGCAGCUUCACAGUGCGCACAGUUAAUAACCCGUCUGCCAACUGGGCCGAGCUCACAGCCCCCUACAGCGUGAGGAACCUGACCGAAUCCUCACUUACCCAAUACGAGCUGGACAAUCUGAAUAAACACAAGCGCUAUGAGAUCCGACUGAGCGUGUAUAACGCAGUAGGGGAGGGGCCCACCAGCUCGCCACAGGAAGUGUUCGUGGGAGAGGCGGUGCCCACUGCUGCACCUCAGAAUGUUGCUAUCCAGUCCUCAACAGCUACUCAGCUUGAUGUCACAUGGGACCCUCCUCCAGUGGAGGCCCAGAAUGGGGAUAUUCAAGGCUAUAAGAUUUAUUAUUGGGAGUUUCAGCUGCAGAAUGCGACUGAGCGACUCCGCACUCUCUUUCUGCCGGAGCUGAGCGUGAAGCUGAAGAACUUGACUGGCUACACCACCUACAUGAUCAGCGUGGCUGCUUUCAACGCGGCGGGGGACAGCCCCCGCUCGCUGCCCACCAGAGGGCGCACUCAGCAAGCAGCUCCAAGUGCUCCCAGUUUUAUCCACUUUAGUGAACUCACCACCACCUCGGUCAACAUGUCCUGGGGUGAGCCCAAGCAGCCCAAUGGCAUCGUGGAAGGCUACCGUGUGGUCUAUGAGCCCUGCACGCCUGUGGAUGACUCCUCUCCUCACAAUUCAGGUGUCAGUAAGGUUGUCACUGUGGAUGUGAAGGGCAGCACUCCCUUGUGGAUGAAAAUCAAGGAUCUGGCAGAUGGAGUGACCUACAACUUCCGCAUCCGUGCUAAAACCCUUACCUAUGGCCCAGAGAUUGAAGCCAACAUCACAACUGGCCCUGGAGAAGGUGCUCCAGGGCCUCCGGGGGAGCCGUUUAUCUCUCGUUAUGGUUCGGCCCUGACUCUUCACUGGUCCAGCGGUGACCCUGGCCGUGCUCCCAUCACACGCUAUGUUAUCGAAGCAAGACCAUCUGAUGAAGGACUGUGGGAUAUUCUAAUCAAAGACAUCCCUAAAGAGGUGACAUCCUACACUCUUAACCUGGAUACCCUCAGAGAAGGGGUCACCUAUGAUUUCCGUGUAAUUGCGGUGAAUGACUAUGGCUACGGUUCUCCAAGUGCUCCUUCUCCUUCAAUAUCAGCCCAAAAGGUCUCCCCCUUUUAUGAGGAAUGGUGGUUUCUGGUGGUUAUUGCUCUCGUGGGCCUCAUUUUCAUCCUUCUGCUCAUCUUCAUCCUCAUUAUUCGGGGACAGAGCAAAAAAUACACCAAGAAAACAGACUCAGGUGGCCUCUCGAAUUGCACGUCUCUGCCCCUCUCCCAUGGAGAGAUGGUACAGCUGGAUGAAGGACGCUUCCCUGCCCUGGAGCCCAACAACCGUCGACUCUCGGUCAAAAAUUCCUUUUGUCGUAAGAAUGGAAUCUACACCCGGUCUCCACCACGGCCCAGUCCAGGCAGCCUGCACUAUUCUGAUGAAGAUGUCAGCAUCAAAUACAAUGACUUGGUCCCAGCCGAGAGCAGCAGCCUGACCGAGAAGCCUUCAGAAGUGUCUGACUCACAGGUGAUUCAACCCAACAAGGGCAGUGAUAGUGAAUACGAGUUGGAUCCAAGCCGGCAGAAGACACACUCCUUCGUCAACCACUACAUCAGUGACCCCACCUACUAUAAUUCCUGGCGCCGGCAGCAGAAGGGCGUCUCUCGGCCUCCGGCGUAUGGCUACGCCCAGCCCGACACAGUGGCGGAGCAAGAGUCCCGCCCCCACCCGCCCCCACUGCCACCGUUACCACCUCUGCUACCCCACAGCAAUCCAUCCCCGCAUCCCCAGGGCCAGGGCACCCUGUUCAGGCCCAAGGGCAGCCGGACUCCCACCCCGUCACUGCUGACCUCUGACAGCCACAGCCAGCACACCCUGUACAGGCCCCCUAGCAGCCUGGGCACCUCCGCCCAGGUCCCGGCCACAGGAUUCUCCUCAUUUGUUUGAUACCAGACUCUCAUUCCAAUGACAACACACCUGGGAGGGACUCCUGCAGUAUUAUUGGUCUGUAAUUCCUUUUUCCGCUACACCUUGUUGGACAUCAAGAUCUGCUUUUGGAUUUAAUUUUUCCAGGUGUGCAGGUGUACUGUGUGUUUUUAUGUGCGUGCAAGAGUAUCGAAACGUAGACAAUCAUUCUGAAGGGAAUCGUUCGUUGAUUGUACAUUUUAAAAUACAUUAACUUCAUCAUUCACUGAAAAAUAAAUUUUGUGCCCAAAAUGUUUAAAAAAAAAAACCGACAAAUAUGACUUGACCGCAUAUAAAAUGGAGUCCAAAAGUUUUUUGAGACCAUCUGGAGUUUUCUUUUUUCUUUUGAAUUUUUCAAGUUUCAUGUAAGUUUUAGUACUUUGAAAUAUUUAAGAUAAAGAAAAGACAAGGCCUCAUACUGUUGGACCCCACUGUAAAUGUUUAAACAAACUGCAUUUCACAUAAUGCUCCAGAUUUCCAG